AUGAGAGUCAUGGGAGGCUGCGGUCCUAGAACACGGCCUGCCCUUCCUUCUGGAGAGACAUCGAAGACGAUGCGUGAUGAUUUCUUGCCUUCCAAUGCAAUCCACAGCGCUCGGUGUAAGGUAAAUGAUCCUAGAAACACACAGAAGCCCGGGAAACAGAUUGUUGCUUUACCUGUGGUUGAAGUUUGCUCUGGUGAUAAUAGCAAAGAGACAACGAGAAUUCAGAAAACUCCCAAGUCACCCAGGAAACAGAGUCCGCGAGAUUGCCUCCGUCGCGGUCAGAAGGGCGAGUAUCAAGGGAUCAAUAACCCCUUCGGCGUCCCGAAAGCCCACAACCCUACCAUCGACAUUGCGCUGCGCAACCUCCGCCACGAGUUGAACGCCUCGCUCAAUGUAUUUCAGGCGCUUGUGCAAUGCUUCGAAGCCGACAUCGAGCCUCUCCAAAGCUGGGCCGAGGACUUCACGCUCGACACGGUUUGGAAGAACAAGGUCAAGAAGUUCUUCCACAAGAGACAGGACAAGCGGGUAUACGGGAGGAUGGCAGCCCGAAUCUCGCACAGCAGAACAACUGUCAGGGACGCCAUCAAGUACGCCAAAGCUUUGAGGGAAGUGUGGGGAGAUAAACACAACUUCGAGCGCCAGAUCCUCACAGCCAACAAGGCCGUUGUCUUUUGCGACGGAAUCGUGGGUCUGGCUGAAAGAGCGGCCAGCCUCCCCCCCCCCAAAUAUAGGGAGGGCGGUAAACACAGGACCAAAGCUGAUAUAUGUGUAGAUGGCGAAGAGCAAGUUGAGCAACACGCUGGCAACAUGAAGAAUCUGAACGGUCCCGUGGCGCAGGCGACGGAAGAGGAAUGGCAUGAAAGCAACUGGAGCAGCAGAGAAGAGCUAGGCGGUUGGCUCGAAUCCGCCGAGAUGUUCCCAGAAUACAGGUGGUAA